UGUCACUUCUGUGCGACUGAUGUUUGUAUUUCCGGCGUGGUAGGCGCUAGUGUAGGCCUUAAACCACUACCGGUAAUCUUUGAGCCGUCAUGUCUGAGACGGACAGUGAUGAAGAUUCUGCUGGAGGAGGCCCAUUUUCUUUAACCGGCUUCCUAUUCGGCAACAUCAAUGAAGCCGGCCAGCUGGAGGGGGAAAGCGUCUUGGACGAUGAGUGUAAGAAGCACCUGGCAGGCCUGGGCGCUUUGGGUCUGGGCAGUCUGAUCACUGAACUCACGGCGAAUGAAGAAUUGCCGGGGACUGAUGGUGCCUUAGUAAAUGAUGAAGGCUGGAUCAAGAGUACAGAAGAUGCUGUGGACUAUUCAGACAUUAACGAGGUAGCAGAAGAUGAAAGCCGAAGGUAUCAGCAGACAAUGGGAAGCUUGCAGCCUCUUUGCCACACAGAUUAUGAUGAAGAUGACUAUGAUGCUGACUGUGAAGACAUUGAUUGCAAGUUGAUGCCUCCCCCACCUCCACCCCCAGGACCAGUAAAGAAAGAAAAAGACCAAGAUGCUGUUACAUGUGUGUCUGAAGAUGGAGAAGGCAUCAUCUUGCCCUCCAUCAUUGCCCCUUCCUCUUUGGCCUCAGAGAAAGUGGACUUCAGUAGUUCUUCUGACUCAGAAUCUGAGAUGGGACCUCAGGAAGCAAAGCAAACAGAAUCUGAGGAUGGAAAGCUGACCCUACCUUUGGCUGGGAUUAUGCAGCAUGACGCCACCAAGUUGUUGCCAAGUGUCACAGAACUUUUUCCAGAAUUUCGGCCUGGAAAGGUGUUGCGCUUCUUACGUCUUUUUGGACCAGGAAAGAAUGUUCCAUCUGUUUGGCGGAGUGCUCGGAGAAAGAGGAAGAAAAAACACCGUGAGCUGAUACAGGAAGAACAGGUCCAGGAGGUGGAGUGCUCAGUAGAAUCAGAAGUCAACGAGAAGUCUUUAUGGAACUAUGACUAUGCUCCUCCACCACCUCCAGAGCAGUGUCUCUCUGAUGAUGAAAUCACAAUGAUGGCUCCUGUGGAGUCCAAGUUUUCCCAGUCUACUGGAGAUACAGAUAAAGUGACAGAUACCAAACCAAGAGUGGCUGAGUGGCGUUAUGGGCCUGCACGACUGUGGUACGAUAUGCUAGGUGUCCCUGAAGAUGGCAGUGGGUUUGACUAUGGUUUCAAACUGAGGAAGACUGAACAUGAACCUCUCAUAAAAUGCAGAAUGAUGGAGGAGUAUAAGAAACUCGAGGAAAGCAGUGGCACUGAUCUUCUGGCAGAUGAAAAUUUCCUGAUGGUGACACAGCUACAUUGGGAGGAUGAUAUCAUUUGGGAUGGAGAAGAUGUCAAACACAAAGGGACAAAACCUCAACGCGCAAGCCUGGCAGGCUGGCUUCCUUCCAGUAUGACUAGAAAUGCCAUGGCUUACAAUGUUCAACAAGGUUUUGCAGCCACUCUUGAUGAUGACAAACCUUGGUACUCCAUUUUUCCCAUCGAUAAUGAGGAUCUAGUGUACGGACGCUGGGAGGACAAUAUCAUUUGGGAUGCUCAGGCCAUGCCCCGGCUGUUGGAACCUCCUGUUUUGACUCUUGAUCCCAAUGAUGAGAACCUCAUUUUGGAGAUUCCUGAUGAGAAAGAAGAGGCCACUUCUAAUUCCCCUUCCAAGGAGAGUAAGAAAGAAUCAUCUCUAAAGAAGAGUCGAAUUCUUUUAGGGAAAACAGGAGUCAUCAAGGAGGAACCACAGCAGAACAUGUCUCAGCCAGAAGUGAAAGAUCCGUGGAAUCUCUCCAAUGAUGAGUAUUACUACCCCAAGCAACAGGGUCUUCGAGGUACUUUUGGAGGGAAUAUCAUUCAGCACUCGAUUCCUGCUGUGGAAUUACGUCAGCCCUUCUUUCCCACCCACAUGGGACCCAUCAAACUUCGGCAGUUCCAUCGCCCACCACUGAAAAAGUACUCCUUUGGGGCCCUGUCUCAGCCAGGUCCCCAUUCAGUUCAGCCUUUGCUAAAGCACAUCAAAAAGAAAGCCAAGAUGAGAGAACAAGAGAGGCAAGCUUCAGGUGGUGGAGAGAUGUUUUUUAUGCGCACACCUCAGGACCUCACAGGCAGAGAUGGAGAUCUUAUUCUUGCAGAAUACAGUGAAGAAAAUGGACCCUUAAUGAUGCAAGUUGGCAUGGCAACCAAAAUUAAAAACUAUUAUAAACGAAAACCUGGAAAAGAUCCUGGAGCUCCAGAUUGUAAAUAUGGAGAAACUGUUUACUGCCAUACAUCUCCUUUCCUGGGCUCUCUCCAUCCUGGACAGUUACUACAGGCAUUUGAGAACAACCUCUUUCGUGCCCCGAUUUACCUUCAUAAGAUGCCAGAAACAGACUUUCUGAUCAUUCGGACAAGACAGGGUUACUAUAUUCGGGAAUUGGUGGAUAUAUUUGUGGUUGGCCAGCAAUGUCCCUUGUUUGAAGUUCCUGGGCCAAACUCCAAAAGAGCCAAUACACAUAUUCGAGACUUUCUACAGGUCUUUAUUUACCGCCUCUUUUGGAAGAGUAAAGAUCGGCCAAGGCGGAUACGAAUGGAAGAUAUUAAAAAAGCCUUUCCUUCUCAUUCAGAAAGCAGCAUACGGAAGAGGCUAAAGCUCUGUGCUGACUUCAAACGCACAGGGAUGGAUUCUAACUGGUGGGUGCUGAAGUCUGAUUUUCGUUUACCAACGGAAGAGGAGAUCAGAGCUAUGGUGUCUCCAGAGCAGUGCUGUGCUUAUUAUAGUAUGAUAGCUGCAGAGCAGCGACUCAAGGAUGCUGGCUAUGGAGAAAAGUCCUUUUUUGCUCCAGAAGAAGAAAAUGAGGAAGAUUUCCAGAUGAAAAUUGAUGAUGAAGUUCGUACUGCUCCUUGGAACACCACAAGAGCUUUCAUUGCUGCCAUGAAGGGCAAGUGUCUACUGGAGGUGACUGGGGUGGCAGAUCCCACAGGUUGUGGUGAAGGAUUCUCCUACGUGAAAAUUCCAAACAAACCAACACAGCAGAAGGAUGAUAAAGAACCUCAGCCAGUAAAGAAGACAGUGACUGGAACAGAUGCAGAUCUUCGUCGCCUUUCUCUGAAAAAUGCCAAGCAACUUCUGCGUAAAUUUGGCGUGCCUGAGGAAGAGAUUAAAAAGUUGUCCCGCUGGGAAGUGAUUGAUGUAGUGCGCACAAUGUCAACGGAACAGGCCCGCUCUGGAGAGGGCCCCAUGAGUAAAUUUGCCCGUGGAUCAAGAUUUUCUGUUGCUGAACAUCAAGAGCGUUACAAAGAAGAAUGCCAACGCAUCUUUGACCUACAGAACAAGGUUUUGUCAUCAACUGAAGUCUUAUCAACUGACACAGACAGCAGCUCAGCUGAAGACAGUGACUUUGAAGAAAUGGGAAAGAAUAUUGAGAACAUGUUGCAGAACAAGAAAACCAGUUCUCAGCUGUCACGUGAACGUGAGGAGCAGGAGCGGAAGGAGCUACAGAGAAUGCUACUGGUAGCAGGCUCAGCAGCAUCAGGAAACAAUCACAGGGAUGAUGAUACAGCUUCUGUGACUAGCCUUAACUCCUCUGCCACUGGUCGCUGUCUCAAGAUUUAUCGCACAUUUCGAGAUGAAGAAGGGAAAGAGUAUGUUCGCUGUGAGACAGUCCGAAAACCAGCUGUCAUAGAUGCCUAUGUGCGUAUACGCACCACAAAGGAUGAGGAAUUCAUUCGAAAAUUUGCCCUUUUUGAUGAACAGCAUCGAGAAGAGAUGCGAAAAGAGCGACGGAGGAUUCAAGAACAGUUAAGGAGGCUUAAGCGGAACCAGGAAAAAGAGAAGCUUAAGGGUCCCCCUGAGAAGAAGCCCAAAAAAAUGAAGGAGCGUCCUGAUCUAAAACUAAAAUGUGGAGCAUGCGGUGCCAUUGGGCACAUGAGGACAAACAAAUUCUGUCCCCUUUAUUACCAAACAAAUGCUCCACCUUCCAAUCCCGUUGCCAUGACAGAGGAACAGGAAGAGGAGUUGGAAAAGACAGUCAUUCAUAAUGAUAAUGAAGAACUUAUCAAGGUUGAAGGGACCAAGAUUGUCUUGGGGAAACAGUUAAUUGAGAGUGCUGAUGAAGUUCGCAGAAAAUCUCUGGUUCUUAAGUUCCCUAAACAGCAGCUUCCUCCCAAGAAGAAACGGCGGGUUGGAACUACUGUUCACUGUGACUAUUUGAAUAGACCUCAUAAGUCCAUCCACCGGCGCCGAACAGACCCUAUGGUAACACUGUCAUCCAUCUUGGAGUCUAUCAUCAAUGAUAUGAGAGAUCUUCCAAAUACCUACCCUUUCCACACUCCAGUCAAUGCAAAAGUUGUAAAAGACUACUACAAAAUCAUCACUCGACCAAUGGAUCUGCAGACACUCCGUGAAAAUGUACGCAAGCGUCUCUACCCAUCUCGGGAAGAGUUCAGAGAACAUUUGGAGCUAAUUGUGAAAAACAGUGCAACCUAUAAUGGGCCUAAACAUUCAUUGACCCAGAUCUCUCAAUCCAUGCUGGAUCUCUGUGAUGAAAAACUCAAAGAGAAAGAAGACAAAUUGGCUCGCUUAGAGAAAGCUAUCAACCCUUUGCUAGAUGAUGAUGACCAAGUGGCAUUUUCAUUCAUUCUGGACAACAUUGUCACCCAGAAAAUGAUGGCAGUUCCAGAUUCUUGGCCAUUUCAUCACCCAGUUAAUAAGAAGUUUGUUCCAGAUUAUUAUAAAGUGAUUGUCAGUCCAAUGGAUUUAGAGACUAUACGUAAGAAUAUCUCCAAGCACAAGUACCAGAGUCGGGAGAGCUUUCUAGAUGAUGUAAAUCUUAUUCUGGCCAACAGUGUGAAGUACAAUGGCCCUGAGAGUCAGUAUACUAAGACUGCUCAGGAGAUUGUGAACAUCUGUUACCAGACAUUAACUGAGUAUGAUGAGCAUUUAACUCAACUUGAGAAGGAUAUAUGUACAGCGAAAGAAGCAGCUCUGGAGGAGGCAGAAUUGGAAAGCCUAGAUCCAAUGACCCCAGGUCCCUAUACCCCUCAGGCUAAGGUGAGUGAGGGCCAUGGGUCUUGGUAGCCUUGUUAAAUUUGGAAGAGGCUGAAUGAGUGGGAUGGGGCCUUAGUUGUUUAGGAAUUUGAGAAUACCAGAUUUCUGACUGCUUUAGCCAGAGGCAUUCUCCAAGUUUUUCCGGUUAUCCUGUCCAUAAAGUUUGGGAUUCUAUGACAUCCCCAAGAGUAUAGGCUGUUCAGUUAUAGACGUAGCUCUUAAUAUUUCUAUUUCUGACAGAUAAUGGUGACUCGUUCACUUAGGGGUAUCUCAGUAUGUGCAGAUGUCACCAUUUUCUUAGUUUGACUCCCCCCUUAGUAAAUAAUGACAGGUAAUAUUUAUAAUGUUCUUAAAUUUACAUGUCAAAGAUUACAGAGCAGGAUAAAUAAGAAAUUUCUGGUGUUUCUGAUCUGACUACACCCCUGCAUAUACUAAGUGUAUUUCCUCUAUAUUAUAUUCUUAAAGGGUUGGCAUAUUUUGAAUAAUAGUACUUGGCAGAAUAUACUAGUAACUGGUGCUUGGUUUCUGUGUUGAAGAUACUAUGGUAGAGUGGGAAAUACAUGAGGUUUGACAUAAAAUAGGUCUGGGUUUGACUCUUAGCUCUGCCACUGUCUAGUUUUGUGAUCUUGGGAAGUUAUCCUCUCCAACUCAGUUUCCUUUUCUCUAAAAUCUACUUUUCAAGACUGUUAUAAACAUUAAACAAGUUAAUUUUCCUGGCACAUAGUAGAAAUUUGGUAAAUACUUGUUUUAUCCUCUGUAUGAAAUUUGUCUACAGAGAAUUUCAAAUUUGACCAAAUCUUUAAAUGAAGAAUUCUCCCAACACCUACAGGAAUUUUUUUUUUUAUUCUACUCAGUUUUCACUUAGAACCAAUGCCGCCUAUCUGAUCUCUGUUGCAUUAUUGCUGUCUCUGUGUCUCAUUUAUAUAUGUUUCCCUAUCUGUCUUUUACUCUCUCUUUCAUUCCAAAACCUAGGUUACUGAGGGGCCAGGUAUAAAGAACCCUCAGAUACUUCUUCAAGGUUCAGAAAAAGGAAAGGCUCUUGACUUGGAGUAUGUGGGCAAAUUGGGUCAAGGGGGAUUGGGUGAGUGAUGUUGCCCAGGAAGGCCCUGUUUGCUAAUAGGCCCACAGCUUCUACAAGGUAUUUUCUGGUAAGUUAAAGUCUGGGUAUUAGCCAUCAUUCUACAGAGGAGUGUAGGCCUUGAAUUACACAUGGUUUGCUGAGAUCUAGGAAGAUCUGAGCCUAGUGCUCUGGUGAGUUAAAGCCUUUGGUCUAAAAAUCAUUUUCCUUCCCUACCCCUCUCAUACUACCUCAGAUGGCUGAAGAAUUACUUUUUCUGCUUUCUGAGCAGUAGCUGUUGGUUAGUACAGUUAGAAUGUUUCCUAUACAGAGGAAGGUAUGAAUACUGCAUCAUUUCCUCUACUCAUAACAUACACAUUUUAAAAUAGUCCACCUCAUUACCUCUUAACCUGUGAAAGGUACACGAGUGGACUAUUCUUACUCAUUAUUAUCAAAACUACAACAUUAGAAAAGGUUGCAUGAGUUUAAUGUGUCAUAAUACAGUUUGGGUUUAUAUAGAAGCAUGGCAGUACUCAUACCUGAUUUAUGAAUUCUAAAUGGUGUUAGUCAAUAAUACAUUUUCACUUGACUGUUUCCACCUAGUUUGUAUUGUAUCAUUUAUUCAGUAAUACUUCAAAAUUGCUCACUUCACAGUGUCCUACACAGUCCUUACUUUCUAUAGUAGGCUUUAAAAGUUUGCAAAAGUUUCAUUCCCUCACUUUCCCUUCUGUUCCACAAUGGAUUAUUUGCUCUUUAAUGCUUUGAAUUGUUUUACGCUUUUCUCCAAAACUUUGUACUCAGUCUCGUUUAUUUACUUUUUUAAAAAACACAAAAAUAACAUAUUUGGGUUUUCUGUUAAUAGAUGUAACAUUCAUUGGGAGAAAUUGGAAACACAAAAAGUCAGUUACCAUCAGUUUCACAACUUAGAACAUCAGUUAUUGGAUAUAAUUUUUUUAAAAGUGUGGUUCAUGUUUUUGUGUUUAUAAAUACUUUUAAAAUGAAAUUGAGCCAGGCAUGGUGGUACAUGCCUAUAAUCCCAGCACUCAAGGAGGCUGAGGCAUGAAGAUCAUGAAUUCAAGCCCAGUCUUGGGCAACUUAGUGGCUUAGGAAGGCCUCAAAAUAAAAAGGUUGCAGAUGUAGCUCAAUUUCAAAGGCCCUGAGAUCAAUCCCCAGUAUUGCUUAAGUAAAGAAAUGAAAUUGAUUAGUAUGGUUUUGAGACUUGGUCUUUUCACUUUAUUGUAUUACAAGCAUUUUGACUGGUUCCUCCUAUCAUUGAAUAGUCCAUUUGUUAAGCCCUCCUUUUUGUUUUUACGGGAAAGAUGAGCAAAAGGAUCUAUAAUUUGUUGGAUGCUGUGCAUUGGGUGUUCAUAUCUUUUCUCACAACCCUAUAAAGUAGAUUAUCACCCAUGUUUUACACUUGAGGAAACCAAGGGGUUAGAUUAAUUUGUUAAAAUUACACAGUUUACAAGUGGUAGAGUUGAAACUCAAACUCAAGGCAGUUUAUUUCAAAGCCCAUGGUUUUUCACCCUGCUGUUUGUAGCAUCCUCUGAUGAGCUCAUAAAUUGUCAAAACAUUCCAUGCUUUUGUUGAAAUUGAAAUUUCUUUAUCCUAUUUCCUCUUGAAUGUCUCUAAAUCAGACAUUCAAAAUAGCACUGGUAUGAAGCCCUGGGUCUAAAAACAGUAAGAUAGGACUUAGAAAAAUGUAGGUUAUUGGCCAGAGAGAUUUAUUAGAAUAUAAAAUUAUCCCUUAAUUUCAAUAUAUUUCUGCUUAAGUUCUCCCUCUCUCAUUCCUUCUCUCUCAUUCUAUCAAGGUACACACACACACACACACACACACACACACACACAUAUAUAAUGUAGAGCUGGGUAUGAUGGCACAUGCCUAUAAUCCAAUAACUCAGAAGCUGAGGCAGAGGAUCAUUGUGAGUUUGAGACCUGGGUUACAAAGUGAGCUCAAGGCCAUCCUGAACUGCAUAGCAAGACCCUGUCUCCAAAAAUAAUAAUAAUAAAUAAAAUAAAAUCUGCUAGAAUAGACAAUAUGUGUAAGAUUCUAAAAAACAAUUGUGCAUAGAGCUGUGCCAAACUUGUUUUCUCUUUAACUGGAUUACUCUGUAUGACCUUUUCCUGCAGUGAAUGCUCUAAAGGGGAGUUCUCCGUAUUUUUCCUUCCCUUGGUAGAGCCUGAAUUUUACAUUUUGUA